CCGGUUUUGAUUAGAUCUGACUUUUGCUAAACAUGUCGGCUCACAGCAGUCUACAACGACCACCAGAUGAGGUAACUGAAGUUGAUUUUUAGCUAAAAUUCCCUCGAAAGUCCGCUUGUAUUAUCUAUUGUGAAAUUGAUCGAGCACAUGCAUUUCGUACCUUCUUUCAUAGUUGGCCGAUUUACACAUUUUUGUCGUUCCCUUGGAGCUGUGGCUGGAAAAAUAUCGAACAGCGUUCAACAAUAUUGCACUGGAGUCUGUUUCGGCUGGUUUUGUCAGGUAAUUUGCCGCUUUGCAUGGAAAAAGUAAGCCUAAUUUUAAGCUGUUAAUGCCAUCCUUUUUAGCGAUGGCAGACAUGUUCGGCUUGCUUGUAAUGUUACUUCCUGGGGCUAUGAUAUUUUUAAUAUUAUGUAACUAGGUGGUAUGAAGCAUCACAUCUUGAACCUUAUCUUUAUAUUUUUAGAGUACAACCAUAUACUUCUCUCAGCCUUGUUCGAGAUCACAUUGAGGAGCAGUUAGGAUCGGAGGUAGUGCCAGAAGAUUAUGUUUUUCUUCGUUCUGUCGGUCGAUGUAUGGCCGUGGUAAGUUUUCACAAUCUAGACAGAUGAAAGAUUUAUUUUAUAGUAUUGUUAAAGCUUUUAACAGAAAGGUGGUUUUUAUUUCAUGGGAACUAAGUAUUAUUUCAGUAUUGUUUUUCGAAAUAAUACAUCGCCCUUGUCUUCCUUCGAUCGGUUUAUUAAAUAUCCAUUUGCUUCAGUUCGUAAAGUACUGUGAAACAUCUGCCAACCGAACAAACAAUAACGUCGACGGUUUUAAUUUACUUUUUGGAUAGACUGUCACGUUUUUUAUUAAUAAUUGAAGUGUUUUCUCCAGUUUUCUCUGUGCAUUAUUUAUAAAAGAAACAAUGAAAGGUUAGAGCUGUUUUCAAUGCACGUCAUAUUUUCUUUUCAUAAUUCAUGCCACAAUAGUUCAGUAAUUACCUUUUCUUAGUCUUCAUGUGACAUAUGUAAAAAUUUUCCACAGUUACAGUAAUUAUACUGUGCAAAUAUAUGUGUUUUAAAUAAACUAUAACGUUCGAAUUCAGUCAGUGAUAUUACAUUAUUCAGUGGUAAUAUACAGUCAUUGUCGCUGAUAUCAAGAUAUUAGAUAGCAACUGUUAUUAUUAUUAUUGUUAUUGCUGUUUAAUAUUCUUGCCUGGUGAAUCAAGGCAGUGCUCUAAUAUUAUUGUGUCCUGUUUAUAUUGGUGGUGCCUUGGUGUAAACUCAUUUAGCUCUUUGAAGUCUAUUUUUUAACGUUUUUAAAAUGACAUCUGUUUUAUUAGGUGAAAGAAAAUCAAGAACGCUUUCUCAAAGCAAAAGACUUUUUACCACCAGUGGUAAGGAUAAUAAAAUAGUUUCUCUUUUAUCAUUUAAGGGUGGCAUUAUGGUGACCUUUUAGAAAAUCAUGUGUUUUAGAAACUUUUCACCCAGUCUUAAAGUCUUGUCUUCUUGUCUUGUUUAAUGUAAGUCUUGGAUUUUUGAAUUUUAUUUGACAUAAUUUCUUGAAUUUUUAAGCCUGGUUUCAGCAAACCUUAGAAAGUCACACAUACACUUUCUUUUUAGUAACUUAGCUAACAGAUGAAGCCACUACAGACAUGUUAAAUUUGGAAGGAUUAUUUCUACAAUUUGCCAAAAAAAAAUUAACAAAAGGGUUUACUUUUUUCAGUCAUAUACACCGGAGAUAUUUAUUCUUCCUGCUACACAUGACUCUGUGGCAAGACCAGUGGAAAAUGCUGCAAAUACAGUUAUACAGACUCAUGGAAUGACAACAGGUAAUAUCAUGAUAGGAAUUAAUUUGAGAGUGUAUCAAUGAAGUAACACUGUAUAUUAUCGUGAAAUUUUGUUUACACUUGGUAGAAAUAUAAUCAUGGUGUUUGGCCUCUUUCUGUAUAGUCCUCAUCAGGCAAUAAAAAGGAAUUUAUAUUUUUCAUCAGACAGUAUGUGAGGUUAUGAUGAUAAGGAUUCAUCUCUAUAAUGUCAAGUGCAAUGGCACUUAAUGUGAGUGGUUCUUCUUUCUAACAAAAUUUUUCCACCUGGCAACUGAAAAAAAAAAAUUCAGUCAUCUCUUGGCAGGCAGAUAAAAAAGGUAAUCUCAGAUCCUGAUGUGCAUAUAGCUAGAUCAUUGUCAAUGGGAACUGCUCAAAACAUUCCUUUGUUGUGAUAAUUACAAGUAAGUAUCAUUCUUUUUUCAGCGGGAAUGGCAUCAAUGCAGCCUCAACAUUUUCCAGGUGUUCCUGCAGGAUACAUGCAGCAACCUCAUGCAGACAUACUGACAGGUGGUUAUUCACCUGGCCAGCAGUCUGGACAAGUGGAUCAAACUUUUCGCAGGAGCAGCAGGUCUACUAAGUCAAUGUCUGAAGAUGAAGGUGGCAGUGAUGCGGAUCAAGAAACUGGUGACAGGUACCAGUCUUUAGAUGAAAGGAGAGGCGGAAAUGCUGGGGACAUGACAGGAUUGGAUGAGAAGAGAAAGAAAAGAGAAAGGAGAACAUGGAUGAAAAUGAAGAUUCCACAGAACGUAUUUUGUCCAAAACAAAGAAGCAAAGAAUGCAGAAGAAAGGGAGUGAUAGCUCAUCUGGCAGCAAUCAGUCAGAAGCAAGGACUGUUAAGUUUAUUCAACCUGAAGUUUUGCAAAAUUUACCUGUUCCUGGGCAGAAUGGAGCUUUAAUUUCGCCACCUACACCUAUUCCUUCAGGGCGUGUCAUAGCUUCUCCAUUACCUGCUCAACAGGAUAAGUUGGCAACAAGUGGCCCCAGAGAGGAUAGUAGUUUUGAUAAUCAAAAUAACAGUAGUAAUACUAAAACUGUGGAAUAUGAACCUGUGCCAGACAAAAAAAAGAAAGGUGAAUCAAAAGCAGGAAAAAAGAAAAGGAGAGAUCGCUCCCGUUCUCCUCCUCUUGAGAGGAGUCAUUUGAAGGAACAGGAAGUUUUGAAAGGAGCAGAUUAUCCAGGGAUUAAUAAAGAUAAUUUUGAAGAUGUUAAUGGUUCUGCUGUUUUUGGUGAGGUCACAGUAAGUCGCAGGGAAACACCUCCAACUUUAAGUGAAGUUGAAGAGAGAUCUAAAUUUGUUCAAUUUCCAUCUCCUGCAAAAGGUUCAAGGAGACCAGUUACACUUGACGAAAAUGAACUGGGAUUUGGAAAUCAUCUUGUUAAUGGAUCACUUGAUAUCAUGUAAGUGGUUUUGACUGGGUACAUUAGUAAGGCCUUUAGUGAGAGAAAUCCAGUUAUGAGAGUGUGCAUGCAGUUAGUAAAGAGUAAGGUUUGAAGGGUUGCAGAGCAUAGAGACAGGCACAUCAGCUAUUAAGCCUUUAAGCCCUGAUAUCCACAUAUAAAUUCUCCAAACUGAUCUCUAUACAUUUUCUUUAAGAAUCAGUUGAGAGAAUUUAAUUAAAAGAUCAAAGCAUUUUGCCUUUGGUGAUCAUGCAUGUUAUUAAUUCUCAUAACCUUUUCUCUUGGUGAUGUAUGGAUAUUGUUAGGAGAAAAUUGAUGUUGGUCACUCGUUUCCUAGUGAUAGUGCAUUUUCCUGGUGACAAUACAUGAGACUGGGUGUUUCUUUUAGUGAUGCAGAAAAUAUUGUUGGUUUGUUUAAAUUUUUUGGGGGGUGUAGGUAUUAUUCCUUGUCUUUUCAAUCUUUUCUGUUAUGUCAUUUGGUGAUUGCGCCUGUCUGCGACACCAAGAAACUACCAAAAGAUUCAUUGAAAGACACUGAACAGUAAUUACACCACAAAACAACAAGCAACACCUCAAAUAAACAUCCAUUUAAACCAAGAAGAAGUAGCCACCACUUAAGCUUUAUUAAUAAAUGUGACUCAAUACAGUCCAACCUCUGUUUGCAGCUUCCUCUUAUUAAUAGCAACCACUUAUCCAAUGUAUCUAGUCCUGGUAAUUAUUUUGGAUAGUCACCUGCAGGAGUUUUGACUGUAUCUGGUUAUUGCAACUCUCAAUGUCAUAGUGUCAUAGUGUCCCUAGCCUCUUGUUCAUGAAGUAAGUUGACUGUUACUUGCAAUGUUUGUUUGUCGCAGGGAUGAUGGAUUCGGCCAAAGUAAUGACCCAGGUGUUGCAGUGCCUGACGUCAAUGAUUAUGGUGUAGCUGAGAAUGGUGAUGCAGAUGAUGAAGCAAAUGUGAAUGAAAAAUUACAGGAUAAUAAUGAACAAGCUGACAAAGAUGGUAUCAAGAAUGUCAAAGACAGUACCAAGAAAGAUAGCAGAAGGGGAAAUACCAAUGUUAAUGCUUCUAAAGGAAAGAAAGUGGCAAAAAAGCCCGCAAAGAAGCCUACAGAGAUCUUGGAAGACAAAUAUAAAAUACCUCAGAUACCCAAGGUACCGACUCCACCUCCCAUGACGUAUCUAAAGAAAGGAGAUAAAGAGAUGGAGAAGGACACAGCAUCAGCUAAGGACAGAAAACGUCAUGAGAUUGAAGAGUUGAAGGCAGAGCUGAGGAAAGCAAAGAAUGCCAGGGUGGAUAUGGAGAAAGAGAGAGAGUCGAAAGUCCGACGGGCAAAGAUGUUACAGAAUCAGAUGUUGCAAAAGAGAAACCAGUGUAUGUUUGCAUUAAUUUGUUAAGAUUGAUGUCUUUGAGAUUUGGUUUUGUUAGCAUCCCCAAACUUGCCAUGGAUGCCAAACCAGCUUGUUGUAAUUACUGUAGGCCUGCGUUAUUCCCUUUACCCACUCAACCCAUGAGAGUUGCACGGUACUAAUGCAGGCAUCAGGCUGCUUUACAUAAGUUAUAUGUCCUCUGUUCAUGAUCUUUUGAAACAACAUUUUGUAUGGUUGGGUCUAGCUUUUACAUGUACAUUCCCUUUGAGUUGCCAAGGAUGGAAAUAGGGAGACAAAUUGGACUGCUGCUUUAACUUCCUGUAAGCUCAUAAGGUUUAAUUGCAUGAAGACAACAUUUUCAAGUGCUAGCUCUUUGUUUAAGUGAAACUUGGAUACAGGGCUAACGGUUGUCAAUUAUCAGCAUUUCAGUGACUUUUUUUCAGUCAGUUUUUUUAGUUGGUAGCACUAAAUGUUUACAUUAGAAUUCCCAGUGCAUUCUGUUGAUAAAUUGUUAUUUGAAUAACGCCUUAUUCUCUUUAUAGCCAAGAACAUCUGGAAAAAGAAGUUUUUUGAAGAGAAAAGGAAGACCGGAAGUUUAGAUGACCAAGUGAACCGACUAAGACACGAAGUUGAUGUGCAGCACAAAGUUCUCAUGUCGUACUUAGAGAGCAAAGGUAUGGCUUGAUCAAGACGUUUUUCAAUAUAAAAAUAUAUGAAAGGGUUUCUUUACUUUAUUUUACAUAUGUAAAUCCUCAAUAAGGGCGCAUUUAUCUACUUUUCAAAGUAAACUGGAAGAAUGAGAUGGCUAUACAAAUUGAGAGCAAUGGAAUGGGCCGAGUCUUCACCACAGUUCUAGCGUUUUUGGAAUAAAACUACGAGAAAAUAGGUUAACAAUCUAGGGCAAAUCAUUAAUCACUUCUUGUUUUAUAUAUAAUUUCAUUGUGGAUCUUUUUUUAUAGAGCGCGAGGGUAACAAAGUAGGAGGAGGAGGCGAUUACAAGUCACCAUCAGAAAAGGUAACCAUGAUCUGUACAUUUUGUUGCUUUUGUUUUUGUAAUCUUAUUCAAGUCUCUAGUUUGGGCCAGUGAAUUUCGCCUUACCUUUUAGCGAUAUUGCAGCUUCUGAGUAGCUCCUAAAGAAAUUACCUGCUAGCAAAUAUCUGCAAUAUGCUGAUUGUCGCUUUAUACAUGAAUGACCUACCAGUUCCUUCUGCUCAGGUUUAAGUACCCAAUGCCAAAUGGAUGUUUCUCCUGGCAUGGAAACCUGAUUACCGUGCCAUCACUCAUCACACAGUGCAUUCACAAUCCAUCUCCAUGCGGCCUCAUUUGGGCUUCCCUCACCACCUCGUCAAAGGAAAUAUCUACGUACGGCAGUUUCUUCGAGUCUCUGAAGUCUCAAGUUUCUGUCGCAUCCCUCCUAAUCCUCCUUUCCCGCCACUUCGCUCCCAGUCUUCUGUCCCCUGGGAACGAGGUUGUGGCAUCAGUGGCUCUCCUGACAUCGGGGACCUGGGCAAAAAAGGUCGCACAUGCCGCUGAACCCUUCCCCCAGGGUGUGCCCAGCAAAUUAGUCUCGUUGGAGUCUACGAACCACCUUGUCCAAUGUUAUUAUUUAACAUGAUAUCUGCAUUUAUUUUUAGACAAACCAGCGCAUGUCCCUUGCUCGCUUACAACACGAAGUUGAAGAGCUUAGACGAAGAAUAGAAGAAUUGAAAAUGAAACUGACAGUUGAAAUGAAGGUAAACGAAACUGAUGUAUUUUUGUUCUGUUUUGGGAGUUUUACUCGCUCUGAUAAAGUAGCGCCCAGAGGGUAGCUUAUGAAUCUUUUACGGGUGAUUAGAUUUAGUUGAUAAAGCCAAAUUUUUGUGUUUCAGCGCAUCCUUAUCCCCAACCCCCCCCUUAACCGAGUCAGUUGAUCAGUUUCGUUUGGAUUUGGCCCAUCAUUCAUUUGUUGUCUUUUCUUUCUUAGAAUCGUGACGCAGCGCAGAAGGAGUUGAAGCAAAUACGACAGGAUUUGAUGGAAAAGAAGAUUAAUUUGACGCUUACUAAAUCGCAGAAGAGCUUAGCAACUCUUGGAAAUCCAGAAAAUAUUGCAGUGUAAUCUUAGUGUAUUUUAUUAUGACCGUGCGUGGAAUUUAGUAAUUCUGAAAGACAAGUUAUAUUUAAGGCAUGCAACUAACCGAGACCGAGUUAUUCAAACUCUAGUUUCUGUUGUGAAAGUAGAAUUAAUCUUUAAAAGACUAGUAUCUUAUUAUAUUCAUAAGUUUAUUUAACCAAAUUAAAAGGUACAAGAAACAACAACAAUAACAACAUAUCAGCAAAAUGAAAAUUUAGCGAUGGUUUAGAAAUCCGUUGCGGCUGUAAAAUAUGUCAAAAUAUGAAAUAUUCUUUUUGUAAUAAAUUAUUCUAUAAAAUAAAACUGUUGUUUGGAUUUGACUUGAUUUGUACAACCUUGAUUAAACUGUGACCGAAGAAGGGAGAAGUGCUGAAGAAUAAAAUCAUUUCUUUUUUUAAAGAAAAUGGCCACUUCCGAGUUCUGAUCCCAUAACUCUCGUACUUACCCUCGCUUUGAGAGUCCUUUGAAACAUAGGCUUAAAGUAACUCGGAAAUGGCCUCUUACUGUAAUCUCUGUUAUAAAUCUUAGUUAAUCUUCGUCAACCUUGUUGAUAGUGUAUUGUAGGCACUGACCUACUAAGUGGACUAAUUACUCUAGUUUGUGAAUAUAUCCUAGGUCCCAAAUCAUGCACAGCUUUUUGUCUAUUUUGCCAUGCAUUAUAAUACCGUACCUUGCUCUUAUCUCAGGUCAAUAAGAGCAAAUCGUACGCUUUCUGAGAAUCAGAUCUUGAUCGAGAUUGGAGGAUAUUACGUAAAUGGCGGAUUUGUAUAAACGGAAGUUGCGUAGUUCGCGCUUGUAGGUGUUCUAAAUUCAGUAAACUUGGCAGGCGCCCAAACCCACUGAGUGUUUAGAUAAUAUGUGGAGUUGAUUUGUCGCGUAAUAGUUGAGAGUUGAAACUUGCUGGGAACACAUUUGUUCUCAAAUGAAUCAGGAGGGGAUCAAUGCAGUCGAUGAGCCUUUGAAGCCACCAAAAGAUGGAGAUAUUCAGUUUAUAGGGGGAGAAAAAGAAAAAGUCCAAAAUGGUGCUAUGAAUGCUGGAGAGAAUAGCAAGUCUUUUGGUGAGCAAGUCAAACAUUACGAACGAAAAAUCCGAGCAUAUAACAAGGCCAAAGACAAAGCAAACGAGGGAGAAGCAUUGAGCAGCUUAGGAAUAGUGUAUUACAAAGCGUCAAAGUUCUUCGAAGCAAGAAGCUGUCAUGAAAAACACCUUAAUAUUGCAAAGUCACUGCAAAACAAACGCGCGGAAAAGAGAGCGUAUUGUAAUCUAGGUUGUACCUACCGACGCAUAGGCGACUUAGACCGCGCUGUCGAAUGUUACGAAGAAGGGCUUCGACUUGUGAAGGAGCUUAACGAUAAACUAGGAGAAGCGAAACUUUUAAAUAAUCUGGGAAACAUUUUUGAGCAGAGAAAUGACUUUGAUCAAGCUGUGUAUUAUCACCAGAGGAGACUACAUGUUGCGAAAGAACUGAAAGAUUUGGAUGGAGAAAGCAAAGCUUGCGCUAGCUUGGGGAACAUUUAUCAUCUUCUUGGAAACCUCAGAGAGAGCAUAAACUAUUAUGAAAAGUUAGUUGCAUGCCUUAAAUAUAAACUAGGUAAGUGAAGAAGGGAAAGUAAUAGAAUAUCUCAACCAUUUUUUGACUGUAUUUAAUAUGCAAAUUCUACCUUUGUCGAAUUCUGCUUUGUCGACAGGUAAGUAGCCGGAGGUCAUUAAUUUUUCAUAUCAUUUAUAAAGCAGAGGUAUUUAGAGCAUAUCAAACCCUCAUAAAAAUAACCUGUCUUUAGUUAGUACCAAUGCACGAAAGGCCACAACUGAAUGCAACAUAAUGUUCCGUGUUAAAGAAAAAGCCUUUGAAACACGGAAUAACAGCAACGUGAAGGGCUGACUGAUAGAGUAAUACUUUAAGGACGUCACUCAUUUACAUUCAGACAUAUUUUGACAGUUUUUUCAAAUUACCCGGCUUUCUGAAGUUUGUACUUUAAUUUUUGGGGUUUUCAUAUGUGAUAAGUUUCGGCAAACGUACAGUAGAGUUAAUUUUAAGCAAUGAAAAAGGAUGGAAAUUAACUUGUUCAUGUUUAAUUGCAACAACAGCAGUACAGGAGCGAAAAGCCAAGAGCGAGGGCGGCGCAGAGACUGGUUCUUCCCCAGGAAGCUCAUCAAGCAUUAGUCAAGAAAAAUCCAACAAAUCGCCAGCGAAAUGCGGGGACGAUCGCGACGAACGACUGAGUAACAGCAGUAGGGGAAGUGAAAAAAGCGUAAAAAGCAACGGGAGCAGCGGCCGUAAGGCAUCGUCAGUUCACUGGAAAGGAGAUAGUUCAGUUGAAUAAGAUAAGAGAUCAAAUAGGGGAAAUGCAGCCUUUGACAAAAUGUCGGUGUUAAAACACCAGACUAAAGAACUAUUGCAGGAAACGGCAGGUCAAUCCAAAGCGUCCAUUUGAAUAGUUACACUACAGGCACUGUAAGUUGUAAGGUGGGAGGUAAUUCUGGAAAGCCUUGGAUUCCGCUUGCUCGAUCCCAUGCUGUGGAUUCGGGAUGGCUUGUUAGUGGACUUUG